AUGAAAUUAAGAAUUUUAGCUAAUUUUACAAAAGAUCAUCAUCUCAUUGAAUUCUUUAAAUCAAAUAUUGAUAUUCAUAAACUUAUUGCAGCACAUUGGCUUAAAAAGAAUGUAAAUGAUAUCACUGAUGGUGAAAGAAGAAAAGCUAAAACAAUUGUGUAUGGGUGUAUUUAUGGGAUUGGUCCUUUUUCAUUGGCUGACCAACUUCAUAUUUCAUUAGAUGAAUCUAAAACAUUUUUAGAGUCUUUUCUUGACCAAUUCCCAUCAUUUAAAAAAUGGAAAGAAGAAAUUAUUACCAAUGCAUCAACAACAGGUUUUGUACAUACUAUUAACAAUAGACGAAGAAGAAUAAAUAAUUUAACAGAUUCUAGUGAUAAAAAGACACUUGCAGAAUCUAAACGAAUUGCAGUUAAUUCUCCAAUUCAAGGUACUGCUGCUGAUAUUAUCAAAAUGUGUAUGAUUGAAAUAUUCAAAAAAAUACAUUCAACUUGGUUAGGUGUUCAACUCUUAUUAAAUAUCCAUGAUGAAAUUGUUUUAGAAGUACCUGAUCAUUUACUUGAUGAAGUUUGUGUCACAUUAAAAUAUUUGAUGGAACAUAUUGUCCAACUUGAAGUUCCUCUUGUAGUUACUGUUGAAACAGGAAAGAAAUGGGGUUCUCUUCAUCCUUACAACUUUAAUUAA